AGGCACGGUAACGUCAAUAGAAUGGUUUCAGUCUCCCACUUCUUGCUGCUGGCCUUCACCCUGGCAGUGACCUUCACCUUGAUGGCAUCGCAUGAGUUGGACUACCUGGAGGACGCCGACUUGGACUCGGAAGAGGACGACUUCCUGGGAAAGCGGGGAUUUGCGGAUAAACGAGGUUUCGCGGACAAACGAGGGUUCGCGGACAAACGAGGGUUCGCUGACAAACGAGGGUUCGCUGACAAGCGAGGGUUCGCAGAUAAAAGAGGUUUCGCCGACAAAAGAGAGAAAAUCAGUCCCUUGGUGUUGAGGAUGCUCCAGCGCAGCUACCAGAAUCAGGCUCUGCCACUGACGGGCCACAACUCCUUUAAUCGUCUGCUGGCUCGGGAGGGAUUCUUGGAGUGA